CUACAUCUUCUCUCUCUCUCUCUCUCUCUCUCUCUCUUUCUGUUUGGCCUUUUCUCCUCCCCCUACUUUUCUAUCUCCCUCUAUUCCAUUUCCGUUCACUCUCUCUUACACACACAGGCUGUAAGGUAGGAUUAGGCCUCUGUAAUCCUGCAUUCUUUCAUUCAUUCUUCUCUGAUCUGCUUGUCCUGCAGCUCUCCUGCUCUCAGGUUUUCAGGCUCUUCGUGAAGGAAGGACACCACACCCAGUGGGAAAAGCGACAACAGCAGACAGGGAACUCACACGGACGUGUCACAGAAGUGCACUGCUGUGUUUCUUGGAUUCUUAUUGCCAGGCGUUGCUGGAUUUUUUGGUAGUGUGUGUGUGGGUGUGUGUUUGUAUGUAUGAUAGUGGACUCUAAAUGCUCUCACAGAUUUGAGGAGCACAGAAUAUCAAUUUUCGCUACUCGAGGCUUCGCUGAGCCAUUUCUGGCCUCUCAUAUCCCAGGAUGCUGUGCAGCAGGCCACUCUGUUAGGCCGCAGCAGAAUGGGUGGAUCCUCAACGGGCCAGGACUCUGCUGAUUGGACGGGUCUUUACUGGACGGGCGCAGACACACAAACCGCCGCUGCCCAUGGGUGAGGACGAGAGUCCCAAGAUCAACCACAGCUUCCUCCGAGACUACGUCACUGAGGCUGAUGUCAUUUCCACUGUGGAGUUUAAUCACACGGGGGAUCUGCUGGCCACCGGAGACAAAGGGGGACGAGUGGUCAUCUUCCAGAGAGAGACUGAGGGUAAAGACGAUAAGGAGGAGCUGGGAGAAGCCGGGGAAUAUAACGUCUACAGCACAUUUCAGAGCCAUGAGCCAGACUUUGAUUAUCUGAAGAGUUUAGAGAUCGAGGAGAAGAUCAAUAAGAUCCGCUGGCUGCCUCAACAGAAUGCUGCACACUUUCUUCUUUCUACCAAUGAUAAGACAAUAAAGCUGUGGAAGGUGAGUCAGAGGGACAGACGGCCAGAAGGAUACAACCUAAAAGAUGAAGAAGGACGAAUGAAGGACAUUUCCACCAUCACAUCACUACAGGUUCCGGUACUGAAACCCACUGAUCUGAUGGUAGAGGUGCGUCCUAGGCGGGUCUUUGCGAAUGGCCACACCUACCACAUCAACUCCAUAUCAGUGAACAGUGAUGGAGCAACGUACCUGUCGGCUGAUGACCUCAGAAUCAACAUGUGGCACCUGGACAUCACUGAUCGCAGCUUUAACAUCGUGGACAUUAAGCCAGUGAACAUGGAGGACCUGACUGAGGUGAUAACAGCAGCCGAGUGUCACCCGCAGCACUGUCACCUGUUCAUCUACAGCAGCAGUAAAGGAACAAUCCGCCUGUGUGACAUGAGGGCAUCGGCCCUGUGUGAUACACAUGCCAAAAUCUUCGAAGAGCCUGAAGAUCCAGGGAACCGCUCGUUCUUCUCUGAGAUCAUCUCCUCUGUCUCUGAUGUGAAGUUCAGCCACAGUGGACGUUAUCUGCUAACUCGAGACUACCUCACAGUGAAGGUGUGGGACCUGAAUAUGGAGAAAGGACCAGUAGAGACAUACCAGGUUCAUGAGUACCUGCGCAGUAAACUCUGCACGCUUUAUGAGAAUGACUGCAUUUUCGACAAGUUUGAGUGUGUGUGGAACAGCACAGACAGUGUGAUCAUGACCGGGACGUAUAACAGCUUUUUCCGUAUGUUUGACCGGGACUCUGGGCGGGGUGUAACACUUGAGGCGUGGCGUGAAAACAGUAAACCUCGUGCAGUCUUGCGGACACGGCGUGUGUACACUGGGGGGCGCCGUCGCCGUGGAGAUGUGGGAGUGGACAGCCUGGACUUUCGCAAAAAGAUCCUGCACAUGGCAUGGCACCCGGCCGAAAACAUCAUCGCCAUCGCUGCCUCCAACAACCUUUACAUCUUCCAGGACAGAAUAACCCCUGAGACCCAGUGACACACACACACACACACACACUCAUGCAAACACGCACAGUCUUCUCUCUCUGUGUAUGUAGACGGAGACCAUUGGGUGGAGCUGACACGUCUAAGCACAGCGGUAACUCACACACACUUCUUUCACUGGACAGCCACAGGAUGUUUCUCCUGAACAUCAGCCGAUCACAGAGGUGCAGAGAGAGAGAGAGAGAGAGAGAGAGAGAUGGCACAGCACUUGUAAGGAAGCGAAAGGAAAGAGGACACGCUUAACACACUGACAGUGGGCGUGUCUUAACGACUGCGUGUUAACAAUUACAAGAAGGGUGUCACGUGGUUGUCCAUUUGCAGCAGUAGUUUAAAGAGUCUUCCUAUCAUGUUCUUCCUAAAUUAAUCACAUCACUCAUCCUCCUACACACACACACACACACACACACACGCAUAAGUACCCUAAACAUGCCUCUACUUCCUGUAACAGGCAGUUGGUCAAAAAAAAUAACACUAAUUAUUUAAUUAUUACAUUUGUGUAGUGUUACACAACACUACACAAACCCUACACCAUCACUACACCAACACUACACCAACACCAAACCACACAUUAACAUUAUACCAUACACUAACACUACACCAACAUUACACUAACACUACAGUAACAUUAUACUAACAUUACAGUAACACUAAAGUAACACAAUGCUACACUAACACUACUCUACAGUAACACUACAGUAACAUUACAUUAACGCUACAGUAACACUAAAGUAACACCACUCUACAGUAACACUACACCAACGCUACACUAACACUACUCUACAGUAACACUACAGUAACACUAAAGUAGCAUUACACUAACAUUACACUAACACAACACUGACAUUACACUUACACUAUACUUACAGAACACUAACACUACAUUAACACUACAGUAACACUACAGUAACACUACA